AUGGCCACCGCAGCAGCCAGUGUCUACCCCUCCUUGGAGAAUCGUCCCAUUAAGGAGACAAUCUGUCUCUUUGAUGUUGACGAGACUCUUACGCCCGCGCGCCAGACUGCGUCCCCCGAAAUGCAAGCGCUCCUCUCGCAGCUCCGCCAUAAAUGUGCAAUUGGCUACAUCAGCGGUUCCGACUUUAUUAAACAACAGGAACAGCUUGGUUCUUCGUCGGUGUCUGUUAUUUCCCUAUUCGACUUCUGCUUUGCGGAGAACGGUCUGAAUGCGUUCCGUCUGGGGAAACCACUUGCAAGCACCAGCUUCAUUACAUGGCUCGGUGAAGAAAAAUACCAAAACCUUGUGAACUUUGUUCUCAGGUAUCUUGCGGAUAUUAGGUUGCCUAGGAAAAGAGGAACCUUCAUUGAGUUCCGUAAGGGUAUGAUCAAUAUUAGCCCGGUGGGAAGGAAUGCGACCAUCGAGGAGAGAAACGAAUUUGAAGCCUACGACAAUGUUCACAAUAUCAGGAAGACCUUGGUGGAGGCUCUGAAGAAAGAGUUCCCCGACUACGGGUUGACGUAUUCCAUCGGGGGCAAGAUCUCUUUCGAUGUCUUCCCCACUGGCUGGGACAAGACCUACUGCCUGCAACACCUCGAGGCAGAGAAGGCAUCGUCUGGUAUCGAUUACAAACACAUCCACUUCUUCGGGGAUAAAUGCAUGCCCGGGGGCAAUGACUACGAAAUCUUCAGUGAUAAGAGAACUAUUGGUCACGCUGUCGAGAGCCCGGAGCACACGAUGAAACUGCUGAAGGAGCUUUUCAAACUGUCGUGA